UGCAAAUGUCAACUCUACUUCAAAAACCAAAAGUAUGACAAAAACUCUCUUCUCUUUCUCUUUCUCUUUUAUUAAUACCUCUCUCACAGUCACACAUAAGCAGUUGUAUAUAAAUACAGCGAACCUGCCACACCUUUCUUAUUUGUCCCAUAUAUACUUCCACUCUCUCUCUCUCUACCUUUUUAGAGAGAGAUUAUCGAUCAAAUUAUAACAGUUCAAAUCAAGGAAGCAAAGUUGAAAAUUAACGAUCAUGAAGCUCAUUUGGUCUCCUGAAACAGCUUCACAAGCUUAUAUCGAAACAGUCAAAUCAUGUGAGAAAUUCACAGAAUCCGCAGUGGCCGAGCUUCUUUCCGCCAUGGCAGGCGGUUGGAACGCAAAGCUCAUCGUCGAAGUCUGGUCCCAAGGUGGUCCCAUGGCGACGAGCGUGGGUCUCGCCGUCGCCGCCCGCCACACGGGCGGAAGACACGUGUGCAUAGUCCCGGACGAGAGGUCUCGGCAGGACUACAUCAAGGCCAUGCGGAUCGGCGGCGCCGGCGGCUCUGGCGCUUGGCCGAUGCCGGAAGUGGUGGUCGGGGAGGCUGGAGCCGCCAUGGCGGGUUUAACAGGCGUUGAUUUUCUGGUCGUGGACUCGAAGCGGAGGGAUUUCGGUAGAGUUUUGAGAGUGGCGAAAGUGAGUAGCAGGGGAGCUGUUUUUGCAUGCAAGAAUGUAUGGCAGCGAAACGUUUCGGCGUUUCGAUGGCAGUGGGCGGUCGAGAGGGGGACACGUGUCAUAAGGUCAGUGCUUCUUCCCGUAGGGAAAGGUUUGGAUAUCGCUCACAUAGGAAGUUCUAAUGGUGGGUCAGGGUCAUCAAGGAAAGCUCCUAGGCGUUGGAUCAAACAUAUUGAUCAACGGUCAGGAGAGGAACACGUGUUUCGGGAGUGAUGAGUUGCUGCAGGGUGAAAGGAAAGAGAGAGUUUUCAUGAGUAAAUUUUGAUGCAACAAAAAAUUUGGAAAGAACUUAUAUAUAGAGAUGUAUAAGUUUACAGGGCUUAAUUUUUAGUCUUGUUUGGUUUUUCACAAAUUAUCAUAGUUAACAAGACAAAGGAAGAAAUUGGUAAAAUGCUUUAAAAACAUGUAUUUUCAAAGCAUUUAACUCUUCUUUUUCCUUUGUGUGAUAUUUUGUUGAUCCAGAUGAAGAUUAUAGAGUAUAAUUAAUUAGUAUAUAAAUAAGUUGUAAUUAUUAACUUUUGCUGUUGAGAUAUUGUAAAUAUAUAAAGUAAAUAUCUUUAGAGUGGUCUUUUAUCAUUUAUAUAUUUAUUAUAUGUAUUAAUUCAGUAUUCUUUCCAAUUAACUAGCAUUAAUCCUUCCCUUCCUAUUAUGUAUGUACGUAAUUUAAAAUCUUAGCAAAAAAAAUAGUAUUUAAAUUAAUAUGUUAUAAAUAUUAUUUAUG